AUGCUUCCACCAGCAAUCAUCAAGCCAACACAACUGUGGACAGGAAAACAGGUUAUUUCAACAAUCAUCAUCAAUUUGACGAAAAAUUUGUCAGACCAAAUGAUGGAUUUGACAUCGAACUCCAAGAUUUCGUCAAUUCUCUGCUACGGAUGCAAAGAAGAGACAACAGUCAGAUUCGUUGAUGGACAUCUCUGCACAGGUAUCAUCGACAAAGCACAAUUUGGUGCUUCCAAGUUCGGUAUGGUUCAUACAAUUUAUGAAUUAUACGGUUCUGACAUGGCCUCACGAUUUUUGACGAUGUUGACGAGGUUAUUCACAUAUUUCAUGCAAUGCCAUGGUUUCUCGUGUGGUAUUGCAGAUAUGAUUGUCAACCACAAGGGAGAAGGAAUGAGAGAAAAGAUGAAAGAAGAAACAGAUAAAGUUGCGAUCAAAACAGCGAAUGAUUUCGUUGAAGAAUUCGGAACAAAAGAGACACAAUACAUGAAUUUGAAGGAUAGAUUAUGGGAUUUGAUCAAAGACAAAGACAUGAAGGAAAGAUAUGACCACAUGAUCAUGGGCAAUCUUAAUAAAGCUGCUUCAGACACUUUGAACGCAAUUUUCCCUGCAAACAUCACUAAACCUUUCCCUCAAAAUCAUUUGACAAUGAUGACAUCGUCAGGUGCAAAAGGAUCCGUUGUCAAUGCCACACAGAUCUCUUGUUUGCUAGGCCAGCAAUCCCUUGAAGGUAAAAGAGUUCCGUUAAUGAGAUCAGGAAAGGCUUUACCUUCUUUCGAAUUCAUGGAUAUGUCCCUCAAUCUGGCGGUUUUGUCAGUUCCAGGUUCUUGA